AUGUCGGCGCCGUGGACUCGCGUGCCUGGCGGUCCCGUUCCACCACCUGCUGCAGGCAGCCGAGGUUCAGACGACAAUGCUACACUUCACAAUCCCGUUCGCACCUAUGACGCUCCCCUCGCCGCUCAAGGCGUCAGCUCGUCGUCGUACUACGACAACGUCGCCGACUAUCCUUCCGAAAAGGAGUACGAAAACUACCCGGGCAACUACGGCGGCUCGGGUCAGUGGACCAACGACGCUGGCUCCGACGCCUCCAACACCUAUCCUCCAACUCAGGCUGGUGCCGCUACGCGACACAAGCAACACUUUUCGCACUCCACCGACAUGUCGAGGCGCUUCGAGGCUGGUGCCAACAAGGCGCAACCCGAGUCCGUGUCCAAGCGUCCCGGCUUCAAGCGCCAGGACAGCGACUCCUGGGAGCGUCUCCUCAAAGGCGCAGGCUACUCGCAGGACAACGCAAAUGCAAGCUUCGUCGGUCUCAACGGCAAGCACGGCGCAGGCCCUCAGCUUGGUCAUCCCUCCGUCCGCUUGCUCCUCUACAUCCUCAUCCCCACCGCCCUCUUCUGGAUCCCAGGCAUCCUUGCCCUCCUCGUCUACGAUGCUCGACCCGCCAACCAAUUCCGCGAGCCCAAGGUACUCGAUGUCGGCAUCUUCUGGUGGUCCAUCUGGCUCAGCUCCAUCUGGGUCGGCUGGUGGGCCUGCCGUGUCGGCGCCAUCAUGAUCCCCCGCGUCCUCCGAUGGACCGUCGGAAACCUGCACCAAAAGAUGCGACGAUACACCGAGUUCCUCAUCGUCACCGAAAAGUACGUCGCCUUCUUCCUCUGGACCAUUCUGCUCUUUGCACUCUGGCUCGCCAUCGUCAUCGGCAACUUCCAGGGCGCAGACAAGGCUGCCAUCGAGGCAGCUCCUCUGACACCCGGCAACUCGACCUCGACCAGCACAUCGUCCUCUUCGUCCUCUCGCACCACCUACAUCAACACCAACGAUCAGAGCUCGUGGCCAUCCACAAGCGACAUCAUGCUCUCCGGCUACCGACUCUGGUUCGGCGUCUGCCUUAGCGCCGCCAUCCUCCUCGCGGAAAAGCUCUUCAUCCAGGGCAUCGCCUACAACUUCCAUCGCGUCUCGUACGAGGACCGCAUCCAGACGUCCAAGUUCAACGUCAAGGUGCUCACCACCCUUUACGAGAAUUCCAAGAACCUCAACCGCAAAGACACGUACAUCGCUGCCGAGCAAGAAGCCAAGCGCAAGUCUACGGGGCUUCACCUCGCACGUGUCCGCUUGCGCAAGACGGGCGCCAAGGUGCGCGACGUGGCGCUUCAGAGCACCAGUGUGCUUGGCACCGUCGCCAGCGAGAUCGCCGGACAGGGUGUGCUGCAGGCCGGCAACCCCCGCUCGGUGGUCGCCUCGUCCCUCAACUCGCGCAAGCAGACCCAGGCGCUCGCCCGAAGGAUCUGGUACAGCUUCUGCCCGCCCGGCAAGUCCGAGUUGAUCGUAGACGACAUCAUCCACUGCUUCCCCGACGCCAUCACUGCCGAGGCUGCAUUCGAGAUCUUUGACCGCGACCUCAACGGCGAUAUCACCAAGGACGAGCUCGAGGCGGCGUGCAUCGACAUCCACCGCGAGCGACUGGCGCUCCAGCUGUCCAUGCGCGACGUCGACUCGGCUGUGGGACGCUUGGACUCGAUCUUCAUGAGCGUCUUCAUUCUGAUCUCGGCCAUCAUCAUCGCUGCCAUGCUUUCCGUCGCAUUCAGCACCCUCGUCACGUCGUUCGGCACGCUCAUUCUCGGUCUCUCGUGGCUCAUCGGAAGCACCGCGCAGGAGACUCUCGGUGCGAUCAUCUUCCUGUUCAUCAAGCACCCCUACGAUGUUGGCGACCGCGUCGACGUAGGCGAAGACUCGUACAUCGUCAAGGAGAUGCGACUGCUCACCACCGUAUUCAAGACGACCAACGGCAAGAACGUCAUGAUCAGCCACUCGCAGCUCGCCACCAAGCCCAUCGUCAACCUGCGACGCUCUGGCGCGAUCGAGGAGACGUUCAAGUUUGAGGUGGCGUACGGCACGACGUUUGCACAGAUCGAGAGUCUGCGCACCAAGAUGAUCCACUGGUUGGAGGGCGAGAAGCGUGACUUCCUGCCCGGUCUCGACAUCAACGUGGUCGACUUCCUUGAGCAGGGCAGCAUGCUUCUGUCGGCAGGCAUCCGAUACAAGUCGAACUGGCAGCAGGGCGGCCUCAAGGCGCAGCGCCGCAACCGAUGGCUGUGCCAGCUCAAGGUGUUCUUGGCCGAGUGCAAGAUCUACGGACCCAAGGGCGAUCCGAACGUGGUCACCACCAACCACGUCACCAUGGUGCCCUACCCGCCGCCCGACGCGUCGCUUACUGCCACCACCGCCGAGGCAGGCGUGCAGAACACGCUGGGCGCAGGCGAGCGCGCCUACCGCUUCAUGGACUCGGGAGCAGCCAUCGGCGGGCAGGACGUGUUCGACGACCUUGCCGGUGAUGCAGGCACUGCACCCGGCACCGCGCCGCCCUCGCGCCCCCUGUCGCCGGCCAACGCGCUCGAGCAGGGCCGACUGCGCAACCCCGGUCUGCCCACAUCGUCGUCGGGACCUGCGCCGCCGUACGCCGCCGCACGCCGCACUGCCGGCAUGGGCGAGUCGUACGAGCUGACUGACCAGCCGCGACGCAUCUGA